AUGGCCACUCGUGAGGAUCGCAUGCGGCAGCGCCUUCGCGGCGCAGUCCGCCAUCAAGUCGAAGAUAUAUCCUUUGGCUUCCAACUCCCUGAAUCGGAAGAUAGCAGCCACGUGGAAGGGUCUCCAGACAACGCGGCUUCUUCAACCCAUGCGACUACUCGUGCGACCCCUCGCACGUCGGAAAAAGCCCAACUAACUCCUACUAGACAACCCUCGGGUGCUUCAAGUAGAGGGCGCAGCUCUGCCCAGAAGGUUGAAGAAAAUCCUGAUCCGUUAGCCUCUGGGGAGGGUGAUGAAGAUGGCCCUCGAGUUAGUGAGGGGGAGGAUGAUGUUCUCGCCCUACUUCCGCCCGCUCCAUCCGGUCGGUCGUUUACUACCCGACGCUCACUAGCUACGUCUGAUGUUGUGGAAGAGAGUCCUAUCCACGCACCUGGUAGUGGCCAUCGACGAAGUGUUCGUGAUGAAGACAUCCGAAGUUCAUCCCGGAGACUGCAAAGCAUGCUUCGGUCAAUGGGUUCCGAGGCGCAUGAAAACAUGAGUUCAUCUCCACUCACGCGAAAGUCAGCCCAGCGAGCCCGAAACCAACCACGGCCCUUGGCGCAUAAUAGCCCCCGUCAAGCUCGAUCUUCGAACUCUUCUCUCAUUGACGAUAUUGAUGAAUUGUCACCCCAGGCUAGUCGGAGCUUCAUUGGAGAGGGCGAAAUCGCCGAGGAGGUGGGCGAUGCAGAGGCCGCAAGAGUUCUACUUAGGAAGCGACCUAGAAAUAGUGUCGCUCGGAAGAGCUCUCCUCUGCUGGACUCCAUCGUGGAAGACCACGAUUCUGGGGCUGGUUCGGGACAAGAUUCUCCCACCGCAGCCAAGUCUAAAUCCUUGGUCGAGGUACGGCCGCCCCUGAAGCGCAGAAAGAGACCUCAACUUAGUCCUGCGAAACAAAAACAGCCUAUACAUAAAAACAAGUCGGUACGGAAACGGAAACUGCGGAAACCCGAGCCUUCACAGAAUGAUGAAACCUCGGCGGAUGAGAUAGGUGCCAUCGAUGAUGCAGCUAUUGUUCCCGUCACUGUGCAGCGUUUCGCACGGCCACGAAAGUUGGCUCGAGGAGAAGAUACUGAUCUGGACAUUCUUGCCAUGGACAUCCCAUUUGUCAAUCAGAAGGGCGUGAAUGUUAUUGACGUUCUCGCCCAAUCCUGUGAAGAAGUGAUCGGCGCCUGCAUUGAGCAGCUCAGUGAUGCUGUUCAGAGAGAGGAUAGCGCAUCUACGCGCAAAGACCUUCGCGUGAAGGCGAGAGCACUCGAGGCAUUUGCCGAAGAGCUGCGGACCAAGUUUCUUACUCAACGAGUUAAAGAUGCCGAAGCGACACGAAACAAGCUUCGCGAUAGCAUACUAGAGCGUCGUAAAGAGCAGGAGGAGAUUCAGAUCCGAAUAGAUGUCGAAAGAGAGGCACAUGAAGCAAAUCGAAAACUCCUAGCCACAUGUCUUCGGCCUUCCACGCCGUGCGAUUGUCUGUGGAGAAAGGCAGAGGAGAACCUGCCGCUCUCAAUUCGCAGCAAUUACAAAAGGCAGGUCUAA